AGUGAAACCAGAGGAUGAAAAAAAAAUUACUUCCUUUCCUGUUGGAAACCUAAUAAGUAGUUAGUCUGACCCAGUUUUCAAUAAGAGAGAUUUUUCUGAUGACCCGACAGGAGUGACUAUCUCCAGUCAAAGAAAGAGGAGGGUGAAUUUAAUCUUUCAUGACACUGGAAUGGCAGCUGCUCUCAGCUCUCUCUGAUUCUGUGAAGGUUGAUGAAGAUAAAGCUGGCUUUCAAUGUAGAAAGAAUUUUCCUUUUGAAUAUUCCAAACGAGAGCUUUGCACAUGUGCCUCAAGAACUGAUUGUCUAGGUUCCGACAGGAAUGCAGCAGGAGAGGAGCGUAUUUCAUGCUUAAGACCAGAGAAGAGCCACGCAAUACUCAGUGGAUAAAAGGCUUGCAGUCCCAGCUGGGAAAGAGAGUCCCAUUAUCUCCCAGCUGCAUAGACAUUCCAUACGGCUUGGUUCUGCCUGGAUGCACAGCAUGCCUGGCUGAGAGCUUGAAACAGAGUUCUGCAGAAAAAUUGUAAAGAUCCCGAGACAUUUCCCUCACUCUUGGGAUACUGACUGGAAGACAGAUUUUUUUUUUUCCUCUGAUUGUAUGGGAGAAAUUUUUGACCUUAGAAAGUGGAAAUGAAGUUGCUAAGGAAACUGGUAAUUCUGCUGCCACUCAUAAACUCCUGUGCAGCACGCAAAUCAAGAUGCAGACCAUAUUCUGGAUCCCAGAAGCCCUCUCUAAUCACAGCUGAGACGCAAAAGGGUGAUGGUCUUUUGAGCCGUCCUAUUUUUACUCAAGAGCCGCAUGAUGUCAUUUUUCCUUUGGAUUUAUCAAAAUCUGAGAUCAUCCUGAAUUGUGCUGCUAAUGGUCACCCUUCACCUCAUUAUAGGUGGAAGCAAAAUGGCACAGACAUUGAUUUCACCAUGAGUUAUCACUACAGGUUGGAAGGGGGUAGUCUUACAAUCAGUAGCCCCCACACAGAUCAAGAUAUUGGCACGUACCAGUGCCUGGCCACCAAUCUUCUGGGGACAAUUCUGAGUCGGAAGGCGAAGCUCCAAUUUGCAUAUAUUGAAGACUUUGAAACUAAAACAAGAAGCACAGUAUCUGUCCGAGAAGGUCAAGGUGUGGUGCUUCUCUGUGGUCCACCACCACAUUUUGGAGAUUUAUCUUAUUCAUGGACCUUCAAUGAUAACCCCUUAUAUGUCCAAGAGGACAAUAGGCGAUUUGUAUCUCAAGAAACAGGAAACUUGUACAUUGCCAAAGUGGAACCAUCAGAUGUGGGCAACUACACUUGCCUUAUAACAAACAAGGAGGCCCAGAGAAUUGUUCAAGGUCCACCCACUCCAUUAGUGCAGCGUACUGAUGGUGUGAUGGGGGAAUAUGAACCAAAGAUUGAAGUGCGUUUUCCUGAAACUAUACAAGCUGCAAAGGAUUCAUCUGUAAAACUGGAAUGUUUUGCCCUUGGAAAUCCAGUCCCUGAUAUUAGUUGGAGAAAGUUGGACGGAAGCCCGUUGCCAGGAAAAGUCAAGUACAGCAAAUCCCAAGCUAUCCUUGAAAUACCGAACUUUCAACAAGAAGAUGAAGGCUUUUAUGAGUGCAUUGCAAGCAACCUUCGAGGAAGAAACCUUGCAAAGGGUCAACUCAUUUUUUAUGCUCCUCCAGAAUGGGAACAGAAAAUACAAAAUACAUACCUCUCUAUCUAUGACAGCUUGCUUUGGGAAUGUAAAGCUAGUGGAAAACCAAACCCUUGGUACACGUGGUUAAAAAACGGUGAACGACUCAACCCAGAGGAGAGAAUUCAAAUAGAAAAUGGGACACUCAUCAUAACGAUGCUGAAUGUGUCGGAUUCUGGUGUCUACCAAUGUGCUGCAGAAAACAAAUAUCAGAUAAUUUAUGCAAAUGCUGAAUUGAGAGUUUUAGCCUCAGCUCCAGAUUUCUCCAAAAGUCCAGUUAAAAAAAAUUCGUUUGUUCAAGUUGGUGGGGAUAUUGUUAUCGAAUGCAAACCAAAUGCUUUUCCCAGGGCAGCUAUCUCUUGGAAAAGGGGAACGGAGACCCUUAGACAAAGCAAAAGAAUAUUUCUCUUGGAGGAUGGCAGCUUCAAGAUAUACAAUGUUACUAGGUCAGAUGCUGGAUCAUAUACGUGCAUAGCCACAAAUCAGUUUGGCACUGCAAAGAACACUGGCAGCCUCAUUGUAAAAGAGAGAACUGUCAUUACCGUCCCACCUUCCAAAAUGGAUGUUACAGUUGGCGAGAGUAUAGUGCUACCAUGCCAGGUGUCGCAUGACCCCUCCAUUGAGGUGGUAUUUAUAUGGUUUUUCAAUGGAGAUGUCAUAGACUUAAAAAAAGGAGUGGCUCAUUUUGAAAGGAUUGGAGGAGAAUCUGUUGGGGAUUUGAUGAUAAGGAAUAUUCAGUUAAAUCAUUCAGGAAAAUAUCUCUGCACAGUACAAACAGCCCUAGAAAGUUUAUCUGCAGUAGCAGAUAUCAUUGUUAGAGGUCCACCAGGUCCUCCUGAGGACGUGAAAGUGGAAGAUAUUUCCAGCACUACUUCUCAAUUAAGCUGGAGACCAGGCCCAGAUAAUAACAGUCCCAUUCAAAUAUUUACCAUUCAGACUCGGACACCAUUUUCUGUGGGUUGGCAGGCUGUUGCUACAGUUCCAGAAAUUCUCAAUGGCAAGACAUACAAUGCAACAGUGGUUGGUUUGAAUCCUUGGGUGGAAUAUGAAUUUCGUGUUGUUGCCGGCAACAGUAUUGGGAUUGGAGAACCAAGUAAACCAUCAGAAUUGUUAAGAACUAAAGCAUCAGUCCCUGUUGUGGCGCCAGUAAACAUCAAUGGAGGUGGAGGAAGUCGGUCUGAGCUCGUCAUUACGUGGGAGUCAAUUCCAGAAGAACUUCAGAAUGGGGAGGGAUUUGGAUAUAUCGUCAUGUUCCGGCCAGUGGGCUCAACAACCUGGACCAAGGAGAAAGUAGCAUCUGUGGAAUCAUCAAGAUUUGUUUACAGAAAUGAAAGUGUCAUCCCACUUUCUCCCUUUGAAGUCAAAGUGGGUGUGUAUAAUGAUGAAGGAGAAGGACCCCUGAGUACGGUGACCAUUGUCUACUCUGGGGAAGAUGAACCUCAACUGGCCCCAAGGGGAACUUCUGUCCAGAGUUUUUCUGCUUCUGAAAUGGAGGUUUCAUGGAAUGCUAUUGCCUGGAAUAGAAACACUGGAAGAGUGCUGGGCUACGAGGUCUUAUACUGGACAGAUGACUCCAAAGAAUCCAUGAUUGGUAAAAUUAGAGUCAGUGGAAAUAUCACAACCAAAAACAUCACAGGGCUGAAAGCUAAUACCGUCUACUUCGCUUCCGUGAGAGCUUACAACACUGCUGGGACAGGACCCUCAAGCCCCCCAGUCAAUGUUACCACCAAAAAGUCUCCUCCAAGUCAACCACCAGCAAACAUUGCCUGGAAGCUGACCAACUCUAAAUUAUGUUUGAACUGGGAGCAUGUAAAAACCAUGGAAAAUGAGUCUGAAGUUUUGGGGUACAAGAUCCUGUACCGGCAAAACAGACAGAGUAAGACUCAUAUUUUGGAAACAAACAAUACAUCAGCUGAGCUUCUGGUACCAUUUGAAGAAGACUACUUAAUUGAAAUAAGAACAGUCAGUGAUGGUGGGGAUGGAAGCAGCAGUGAGGAAAUUAGGAUUCCAAAAAUGUCAAGUUUGAGUUCCAGAGGAAUUCAAGUCUUAGAACCUAGCACGCAUUUUCUGUCAAUUGUCAUUGUGAUUUUUUACUGUUUUGCUAUUCAGCCACUUAUCCAAUGAAUAAAACCAUAAAUAUUUGAGAGUUUUUUUGAAAGCAAAACAUUCUGUAAAUAUGCUUUCCAGUCUCUGAUACAAGACACAUUCUUAAUACAGACUUGUUUGGAAAGAAAAAAAUGUAUAUUAUUAAAAUCUUGUAAAUAUCUAUGGUACAUUAAUAAAACAAUUUUAAACACUUUUGAAUUUUAAA